AUGGAUUAUUAUCAAGCUAUUGACAAGUCGCGUGUGCCGAAGCAUAUCGCCAUCAUCAUGGAUGGCAAUGGACGUUGGGCAAAAGAACGUGGAGAAGAUCGUGUCUAUGGUCAUCAUGAAGGCGUGUUAAGCGUCCGUGAUAUUGUAAAUUCCAGUGCUGAAAUUGGGGUACAAUACCUGACGCUCUAUGCGUUUUCUACUGAGAACUGGAACCGUCCGAAGGCAGAAGUGGAUGCAUUGAUGGAGCUGUUGGUGAAUACGAUCCGCAAGGAAGCAGAAGAGCUGAAGAAGAAUGGGGUACGGUUGCAUGUGAUCGGCGAUUUUGCCAGUCUGCCAGCCAUUUGCCAGAAAGAGAUGCAGGAAGCCAUGGAUAUGACUGCUCACAAUACACGCCUCAACCUGGUGCUCGCCCUGAGUUACAGUGCACGCUGGGAAAUGGCCAACGCUGCCAAGCAGAUCGCAUUAGCGGAUGUGAAUGCAGUUAUGGAGACCGGUAAGACAAACCUGAUCAUUGGUGCCAGUGGCAGCGGUAAAACCGUGAUGAUGAAGAUCAUGGUAGGACUUAUGCAGGUAGAUGAAGGGCAGGUGUUGUAUGAAGGGCAGGAUAUUACCAGCAUGGAGGAGAAAGACCUGAAAGACCCGAUGUCUAAAGAAAACCGCGCCCCGAUUUUGCCCUGGGGUAUGAUGUCCGGAGCCAGGGAGGAGUCCGGUUUUCUGAAUAUCAUCGCAGUGCCCAUCGGCGAAAACGGCCACCUGGAUAUUGAUAUUGAUGAGGAUACCCAAUCAGGAUUGAACUGCUGGGAGCAUGAGGGCGUUUAUUAUUGGAUGGACCCCAAUAAUCCCCAGGAUGAUAAGGUCUGGUUCUUCAAAGGGCCUGAGGGAGAGAAGAUAUAUACCGACAGGCCGGCCAGCGCCCCUUCCAUAUAA